UUAUGGAGAGUUUCGCGAUUUACUCUCUCAGGCACCGCGUCUCCUUCAUCAUCAUCAUCCCGCAGUCCUGAAAUCUAGACUCUAACACAACAACAACUAAUAAUAAUAAUAAACACACUAAAGAUAUUUUCAGGAGUCUAAUGUCGCUGUUCUGGACCGGAAAUCCACUUAGACUGGAGAGGUGAAGGAAUCCUUUUCCUUUUCCACAAUGAGGCUCCAUUCCGGACUGAUCGCGGUUUUGUUCCUCACCUUUUCCUCAUCAGGAGCUGUAGGUCUCCAAGCUCCAGAUCAGCCCCAAAUCGUGAGUUGUCGCUCACCUGAGAAGGAGACAUUUACGUGCUGGUGGAAUCCGGGGCUCAAUAGCGAUCCGAACACCACCUACGCCCUCUACUACCUCAAGGAGGGAUCAGAGGAGGUACAAGAGUGUCGGGAUUAUAAGACGGCUGGACCGAACUCCUGUUUCUUCAAUAAAAGUGACACGUCAUUGUGGGUGAAUUAUAACAUCACCGUGGUGGCCACAAACUCCAUGGGCACGAGUGUUUCCGAGCCCGUCGUGGUGGAUGUCGCCUACAUCGUUCAGCCCAACGCUCCGGCGAGUGUGAAGUUGGAGGUGACGGAUGACGGUGAAUUUAAAGCUCCAUUCCUGCAUGUGACGUGGGAGAAGCCGAAGUCUGCAGACACGGCCUCGGGCUGGAUGUCGCUGCUCUACCAACUCCGCAUUAAACAGGCCAAAGGCAGCACCUGGGAGGAGUAUGAUGCUGGUAUGCAGAAGUACUACAACAUCUUCAGCCUGUUUUCAGGUAAAGAGUACAUGGUGCAGGUCCGCUGUAAGCCAGACCACGGCUUCUGGAGCGAAUGGACGAGUCCCGUCUACGUACAAAUGCCUGAGUACCUUGAUCAGGAGCGCUCCGUGUGGAUCGUGGUGGCAGUUUUUUCAGCCUUCGUCCUCCUCAUCCUCAUCUGGACCAUGACCCUUAAGCGGAACAGUGUGAAACAUUGUCUGCUGCCUCCAGUUCCUGGACCCAAAAUCAAAGGCUUUGAUCAAAAACUUCUGAAAAGUGGGAAAUCAGAGGAAGCGUUCAACGCCCUGGUGAUCCACAGUUUCCCACCAACCAAAUACGAGGAGCUGCUCAUCGAUUAUCUGGAGGUUUACGAUAACGAGAUGCACAACUUAGUUUUAGACUCCAAAGAUCCGCCCGUAGUAUCAGAGACGUCCACGUCAUCAGACAGCGAUUCGGGUCGUGGAAGCUGCAACAGUCAAACCCUGUUAAUGGACAAGAGCACAGAGGAAAGGAAUGAGGGCGGAGCCAAGCAGGCUGGCAAGGUUUCCAUAGAGCCUGGUUCUCUGAACAAAGAAGGAAAAACCCAGAUCUGGAAUAACAUGGUCUCGUCACCUCAGCUACAUCCUGAGCAUCACUAUUAUCAACAAGAUCUCCAUUCACAGCAGCCACAGGACACCAGCUGUACCUAUCACAAUGUUCCAGAGACUUCCUGCAUCUACUCAUCCAUCCAAAUCAGGAGAACUCCAGAAAAUCAGCUGGAAGAGCUUCUGAACAAACCUCGAGUCUGUGGAUCCUCUGAAUCCGACAACACGGCCGCUGUCAAGCCCCAAUCCACAGAAUCCCAAUCCACAGAAUAUGUAGAGGUGCAGACAGUCAAUCAGGAAAACCUUCUCCAUGUCCAACCUCUCUCUGAUCCCGAGGAGCGAAGUCCGGAUCUUUUGGACUCCUCAUUCAGCAAGAAUUAUAGCAAGGUGCAAGACAUUACCUCAGAUAAUCUGCUGCUGCUGCAGAGGGAUCUGAGAGGUGUUCCAGAAUCUUCUGGGGAUUGCCAAUGCCAAACCCUUCAGCAGGAGAACCAUCAGACCUGUAAACCCAACACCAUCCUGUCCUCGUCCUCCAUUUUGCAGCUGGGGAACGGAUAUGUCGACUCAACCAUGAUUAUCUUUUAACAUCUUUUAUCCAUUUCUGAUUUGCAAGAGAUAAAAAUACAAGCUUUCAGAGGUGACUCAUGGAACAGGCAAUCAAAAUCUCUUCACUGCCAGUGGUUCUAGAAGCUCCCUGGAGGUUCCGAGAAGGUAUGAAGGAUGCCUGGGGAGAACGUCUGUGUGUGCUGUGCAUGUGCUACAGACCCGAACCUCAUGUUGAAUGUCUUUGGUUGAGACGAGGUUCUGCUGGGUUGGUACUUACCUCAAAAGAAGCAAAUUGAACUGGAAUACCAAACCCAAGGUUCUUUCAUAGCAGAGGUUCAUGCAGAAGAUGACCAUCUGUCUUACCCAAUCAGUAGACUGAAGAAGUUUUAGUGAUGCUAAUCAUCCUGAUUUAUAGCAAACUAUUUUUCAGCUUAUGCAAGACACUACAGGGCGAGCUGGGAAGUCUUUUUCAAAUAUUAUGUUAGUUAUCAUCAUUAAUCUUCACCAGUUCAUUGUUGAUAUUCUUAAGUAUUUUUUGUUUUGGACCCUUUUCAUAAAUGUACACUUAUUUAUACAAAUGAGGCUUUGUCUAAUUAAAUAUUCAUAUAUUUUAUUCAUAUACUUAAUAUGGGCAUAAACCUCAGAUGUCCAUAUGAUCCGAUAUCAUUCAUAAGGCAACAAUUAUAUACUCGGCGAUACCACCGCAUCCGAUACAAAUUUUUAUUCUUUGCUCGACAAGCAACCAACGUCGUUCAGAAACUGGAGUAAACCAGAGAUUCAGAUUAGUAAAAAAAAGCAAACUUUUUUUUUUGCUUGUUUCGAAAAAGACACAACCGUUCACCUCGAACGUUUGCAAAUGCAAACAAACUAAAAUCUGAGGAGGUAGUUCUCAGGGAACAAACAUGGAUGCUGGCAUAAGGGAGACGUUUGUCCACAUGGGAGUUACACCAGAAAAUAUUCUGUCCACAUUCACUAGAUAUGAGCAAUCAUGCUCUCUGAUUGGCUACUCUACUACUAGGAUAUCAGCUCAUAUACCAUGAGUAGAGAAAAACAAAAUGUUGCUGAACCAACUGAGAACGAAAUAAAAACUCUACUCGAAAACAAACCUCCAAAAAAUACAAAGGAAUAAAAGUAUUUGAUGGUAAGAAUG